AUGCUGAGAGAGGACAACCGAGUGAAAAGUGUGAGAAACACUCAAGAAGCCAAUAGGAGGAGGGGGCCGAGGCAGGAAGGCCGAAGAUCCUCAGGUCCUUCUGAUAGCCCAUGGAUUGAGCCUGAAAUCUGGAUCUUCCUGCAAGAGUGGGAAGUGGUGGAAUAUAAAAUGGGGAAGCCAGGCGAGAAAAUGUUCCAGAAGGCCAAGUCCCUUAGCAGGCGCCUCUCUAAGCGGCGUCUGAGGAAGAGCUGGAAGAGCUGUCUUGGUCUGAUGCUGCAGAUGAAGGACCUGUAUGAAACUCUCUGUCAUGAGAGGGCAAGGCCUGACCCCUUGUUUUCUCCUUAUGCAUGGGACCUGGACAAGAUCUUGGGCCACAGGUCCCAGAGAGGCCAUUUCCCAGGUCCUUGGUGUGAUGGGCGUGGUUUCCUCCCUGCAGACCAAACUCCUUACCUCUGCAUUGGUGGGGCUGACUCUCCAGGUCCUUCCCCUAGCCCGUGGACAGACCUUGAAAUCAGGAUCUUCCUGCAACAGUGGGAAGCAGUUGAACUCGGCCACCCAGGCCAGAAGAUGGAGAAGAAGACCAGCGCAGUUUUCUAGCGUCUCCAUCAGAUGGGCCUGAGCAAGACCUUCGAAAGCUGUCUGGACCUGAUGCUCAGCCUGCAGGAUCUGCACAGGACUCUCUGUAAUGAGAGACCAGGGACCAUCCCCUUGUUUUCUCCUUAUGCAGAAGCUCUCUACAGGAUCUUGGGCCACAAAUGUCAGGGAGGCCCUGUCCCAGGUGAUGCUCUGUAUGGAUGGUCUGGGAACUCCCUGUCUUCCAUGGAACCUCAACAUCCAAUGGUGAUGCCAUCUCCAGUAUACCAGUCUUGGGAUGAUGACAUGUCUGCACCUUCUGCACAGCUCCAUGGGAACCCAUCCCUGAUGAUGUCCAGUCAGCAUUCAAUGUUUCCCAGCAAGGAAGCCUGGAAUGCUACCUAUCCAUUGACAGUUCCACAUGGACUUCCCGCCUCUCUCCCUGGAGACACCAACCUUCAGAUGCCAUGGUCAACUUGGGAUGACACCUCAAGUUCUCAGUGA